UUCUUGUAUUGAUUCUCUAAUCUGCUUGGUUUAUUUUGGUUUCAUACUCUUUAUCUUUAUUAUUCGCUGCAGCUCAGUCCUCUUAGCUAGCUUAUUUUAAUUCGUUUUUAUUCUUGAAACAAUGAUUUGUAGGCAUUAGUUGCCAUUCUAUUCUACCUGUUUGCCUUUUUCUUUCUCUCUCUGUUUACCUCGAUUCCCCUUUCUUUUCAAGUUCUUUCUUGUAGUUCUCCAGUUAAGUUUGCGUGUGCCUUUGCUGGGUAUCUUUUUUUUUUUGCAGUUUUUCAGUUAUCUCUACUUAAUAGUUUAAGUUUUUUCGUUUGAAAUAGUAUUCUUCUUCUUCUUCUUCUUCUUACUAUGUGACACUAGCUUGGUUUUCAGUGAUUAGUCUGAACAGGAAGAUAGGAUUAUUUGUACUAUAAUUUAAGUUUUCAAUAAAAUAGGUGUUAUUUGGUUGAAUUUGCAGGGUUAGUGUACUAAUUAGUCAAUAGUUUCCUUCUACUUCAUUGCAGGUCUGUUUCUUGAAACCUGUAUAAGAAAAGGAUGGCAUGUAUGUUGAAAGAUAUUCUUUCCAUUUAAUUUUAAUCUGUUGCUAUCAAAGUAGAAGCCUCUGCAUAAAAAUCUUUCCCUUAGUUGAAAACCUCUGGUCUCAUCUCAACCCUCUCUUUUAAUGGGGGAAUCUCUACCAUGUUGCUCCCCAGCUCGUGGCAGUCCCUUAACUAGCAUAUUCUGUGAUACAUUUCUACUAAAUACGCUGUAGGACCAAAAAACCCUUAGCAUGAGUAUGCAAAAGCAUCUUGUAUUGGAUGAAUUGGAAUCCUAGAAAUCUCUUUCCAAGGAUAUUGUUGUUGUUUUGCUACUAGUACCACAACCUGUUGCAUACAUGUAUUCCACUACAGCAUUGUACACCCCCCAGUGGGCAGUGGAUGUAUAUAGUAUGCAAAAGCAAUCACCUCCCUAGCUGUUUUAUUCUUUCCCAGAGCUCUUUUUUUUAUUAUAGAAGUCAUCCUCAUUGUAGAUCUGAUUGUCAGGAUAUUAUAGAAGUCAUCCUCAUUUCCCUUCAAUGCCUAGAGAUUUGAUAUUUGGAAAUAGAAGUCAUCCUCAUUCCCCUUCAAUGUCUAGAGAUUUGAUAUUUGGAAAAAUUUUGAAGUUGAUGAUGGUCUACUAAGUGCAAGGCUUAAUCAUGAUCAAAGUUAGGAGAGCAGUGUUACAUAAAUUGUGUGACGUGUCAUUUAUUUACUAGACACCAUUUGCUAUUUUAUAUUAUUUAUAGUUUUAAAGCAGAACCUGCAUCUCUCCAUGCAGCGAGCUCAAAAUGUCCUUGUAAAGAUGGUAAUGGGCAUUCAUGAGUCGGGUUUCUACCAUAUCCAUAUCUUAUCCAUUAGCCAUUGGAUAAAAAAUUUAGAUAUUCAUACUAUCCAUUGAAUUUCAGGAAUUUAUUUGAGUAUUCACUAUUGAAAUGAUAUUUAUUAUUCAACAUAAAAUAAAAGAGUAAUAUAUAUUUGAGAUAUGUACACAUAUAUAUUAAAUGGUGAUAUUAUAAAUCUUAUACAUGUGUUUGUGUGUUAUGUUAAUGUUGGGCUAUAUAUAUGUUGAGCUGUGUUUGGAUCACAUUUGUGAAUAUUCUUAUUCAUACUUUAUUCGUUACCUAUCGGGUAAGGCAACUAUAAAAAAUUCCAUCCAUUUGGGGUCAUUUCCACUAGGUUCGUGUUAAAUUGUCAUCCCUACUUGUACAUGGUGAAUGCACAUCAAAUGUCCAAUGACUCACUACAUAGUGUAACCCACCUCAAAUAACAUUUUUUUAAUAAAAGAACUCAAAUAAUAUGUUACUCGAUAAACAAAUAUUUUGUUGAUUAUAAUUCAUUAACCUAUAUCUAAGUUCUAGAAUAAUAUAUAGUAUCUUAAAUAUUGUACCUAAGCUUAGAAGUAGUAGUAGAAGAGUCUGUUUUCAGGUUAACAAUGGCAUGAUGCAUUCUAGACAGAAUCAACAAUCUCUCUCUACAAUGGAAAGGAUAAAGCUGUAAUUCCAUAAAUGGUUUCCUGAUGCCUUCAUUGGUGUGAAUAUUGGCACAGCACUCUCUGACAUGCCAAGUCCAACUCAGGUGGUAGCCCUUCUUAAGGCUCAGAACAUUCGACAUGUCAGGCUCUAUGAUGCAGACCGAGCCAUGCUCCAUGCACUUGCCAACACAGGCAUCCGUGUAACUGUUUCAGUUCCCAAUGAGCAGCUCCUUGGCAUUGGUCAAUCGAAUGCCACUGCAGCCAACUGGGUUGCUCGCAAUGUAAUAGCCCAUGUCCCUGCCACCAACAUCACAGCCAUUGCAGUUGGAUCUGAAAUCCUUACUACGCUCCCAAAUGCUGCCCCUGUCCUGGUCUCUGCCCUGAAGUUUAUCCAUUCUGCCCUUGUUGCCUCCAAUCUUGAUGGCCAAAUUAAAGUCUCUACCCCUCAGUCUUCUUCCAUCAUCCUUGACUCUUUCCCUCCUUCCCAAGCCUUCUUCAAUCGCUCUUGGGAUCCAGUCAUGGUUCCCUUGCUUAAAUUUUUGCAGUCCACAGGGUCAUACUUUAUGCUAAAUGUAUAUCCAUACUAUGACUACAUGCAAUCAAAUGGUGUGAUCCCGUUGGACUAUGCUCUUUUCCGCCCCCUCCCUCCUAACAAGGAAGCUGUGGAUGCUAAUACACUCCUUCAUUACACUAACGUCUUUGAUGCCAUUGUUGAUGCAGCAUAUUUUUCAAUGUCCUAUCUGAACUUCACCAAAAUCCCUAUUUUUGUGACUGAGUCUGGCUGGCCAUCCAAAGGUGACUCAUCUGAGCCAGAUGCAACACUUGACAAUGCUAACACUUACAACAGCAACUUGAUUAGGCAUGUGCUUAAUAACACAGGCACUCCCAAACAUCCUGGGAUUGUGGUUAGUACAUAUAUUUAUGAGCUCUAUAAUGAGGAUUCGAGACCCGGGCCAGUCUCCGAAAAGAACUGGGGGCUCUUUGAUGCCAAUGGCAUGCCAGUUUAUACCUUACACUUGACUGGUGCUGGUACUUUACUUGCAAAUGACACCACAAACCAAACCUUUUGUGUUGCAAAGGAAGGUGCUGACCCAAAGAUGCUACAGGCAGCUCUUGAUUGGGCUUGUGGACCUGGGAAAGUUGAUUGCUCAUUCUUGUUACAAGGGCAGCCAUGCUAUGAGCCAGAUAAUGUUGUUGCUCAUUCAACAUAUGCUUUCAAUGCUUAUUUCCAGAAAAUGGCCAAGUCUCCUGGUACUUGUGAUUUUAAAGGGGUAGCCACCAUCACCACCAGUGACCCAAGUCAUGGUUCCUGUAUAUUUCCUGGAAGUGCUGGAAGAAAUGGUACCUUCCCAAAUACAACUUCUCUGGCACCGUCUUCAAAUUCAUCGACAUCUGGUUGCCAUUCCGUAUAUUUCUAUGGUGCUGGUUCCUUCACAACCUCUGUGAUUAUAGUUGUUUUACUAAUGAGCAUGGUUUGCUUGUAAAACUUUGUGCAUUUGUAUCAGUUGUAACCCUUGGAUAGCAUUGGAAUCAUUCAAAACAUUUGUUUUUUGAUGCCAUCAGACAACUUGCGGCACACCCAAUUUUGGUUUUCCUGGAGAGGAGUUAAAGGGGGUGGCCAGGUUGAUUGGUCAAAUAGCCACGGAGUAGUUUUUUAACAUGAGUUGGUGAAUUUGGAUUUUUUUAUAGACCAGCGAAAAGAACUCUGGAUGAUUAUUGUAAAGUUGUAACUAUCUUUUUAGGGCAGAAUAUGUAUUCUUUGAACUGGAUUUGUGAUGUGUUCAAUUUCUGAUUGGUAGCGUGAUGAUUUUCAGGUGAAACGUUGUUCCCAGUAGUACAAUGUCAAAUGGUUUUGCUGCACAUAUUCUUGUAGGCCUUUUGGUCAAAAUUGCGACUCAUGCACGACAUUCCGAGGAUCGCUCAUCAAGUUUGUCUUUAUGAAAAUAGAUUAUUUAUUUCAA